AUGGCAUCUACCGAGUUAAGACCCGACCUCAUCGCCAUCGCCCGCGACCUCUCCGGCGUGCCGAUGUGCGAUGAUUACGAGAAAAUGAUAUCGGGCAUGUUGUACAACCCCCUCCUUCCCCGCCUCGUCGAGGGCCGGCACCGGUGUCGCAUCUUGACAGGCGACUACAACCAUCUCGACCCGCGCACAGUGUCGUCCGAUAAGAUCGCCGAAGUCCGCUUCGAUCUCCUGCAGAAGCUGGUCGGCCGUGUAGGCGAGGGUACUUUUAUCGAGCCGCCUUUUCGCCCGGAUUAUGGGUGCAAUGUCGUCAUUGGGCGGGAUUGUUUUUUGAAUUGGAAUUUGACGAUACUGGACACUUCGCUGGUGAUCAUCGGCGAUCGUGUCCAGAUGGGCCCUAAUGUAGGGAUCUUCACAGCUGGCCAUGAGACGAGCGUCCUAUCCAGGCGCAAAUUCAUUGAGUUUGGACAUGCUGUGAAGAUUGGCGAUGACUGCUGGGUUGGUGGGAAUGUAGUGAUUCUGCCUGGAGUCACCAUUGGCGAGGGUUGUACUAUUGGGGCCGGUUCGGUUGUUACCAAGGAUAUUCCACCAUUCUCCGUCGCCGUAGGGAGUCCCUGCAAGGUGCACAAGACGAUCCAGUCUGUAGAGGAAGAAGAGAAUGAUCCAGAGAACCCCUACAGGAACAUGGUUAGGGAACUGUGA